UGCCAGCUGCCCUCGGACUGGAGGCCGCUGAGCGAGAGCUGCCGCGCGGAGCUGGCCGAGAUCAUCGUGUACGCCAAGGUGCUGGCGCUGCACCCGGAGCUGUACAGCGCCUACAACUACCUGCCGUGGCACGGCCAGGACGGGCUCUUCUACUCGGCCGAGAUCGAGAUGCUGUGCGACCAGGCGUGGGGCAGCAUGCUGGAGGUGCCCGCCGGCUCCCGCCUCCCCCUCACCGGCUUGGGCUACUUCUCCUGCCACUCGCACACCGUCAUGCAAGGCUACUCCUACUUCUUCUUCCUCCGAAUGGAUGAGAAUUAUAACCUCCUUCCCCACGGAGUAAAUUUCCAGGAAGCAAUAUUUCCAGACACACAGGAGAACAGAAGGAUGUUUUCCAGCCUCUUCCAGUUUUCCAACUGCUCUCAGGCACAGCAUGUCCUCACCCUCUCCAGUGAUUGGGAGAUUCAAGAGGACAACAGGCUCAUGUGCUCCUCAGUCCAGAAAGCCCUCUUUGAGGAAGAGGACAGGGUGAAGAAACUGCAGCAGAAGGUGGCAACCCUGGAGAAACGCAACAAGCAGCUGCGAGAUAGGGUGAAGAAAGUCAAGAGGUCCCUCCGGCAAGCCAGAAAGAACAACAGGCACAUGGAGCAGAUGAACCGAAAGCUCAGUGAGAAACUCUCCUCCGCAGGCCAAAUCCCACACAUUAACUCUUUAAAGCAAGAGAACUCUCAUGCUACCUACCUUAAAGUAUAAUGCAAACUGCAGUGCGAAUGCUAAUGAUAUUGGUGACCAGAGGCCUCAUCCCACAUUUAUCAUGUACUCCCGGCGGAGUCUUGCCUGCAUUAGAACAGGAUUGGGCCCAUACACCUUGUCUACACUGGGCUUCAAACGAUGUAUGAAAAAAAAAUUGAGCCUCACUUAGGAACGGUUCUAGAUAAGGAGGAUCCAAACUAGAUUUGACUGGGCACUGUAGACAAAAAUCAAACUGUCUUAAGGCAGCUUCUGGUGAUCCCCUUCACACCUUACUGGGAAAUAUCCUGGAGAGGAUCAUGAACACAUUUGGGAUCUAUUUACUCUGCCCAGCCACAUAGAGUUUGAAUGCAGAUUAUCUGGAUCAAUUGCUAGGCUCUAGUCCCAGUCCCACUGUUAGAAGCUUUUGCAGGGACUCCCCACGGGAGUUGGAGCAGGCCUGUGGAAAGGUAUUUCAGAUCCAGUUUGCAAGCAGGCUUCCACGGCAGCGUAGACAAGGCCUCCCAUUUUGUAAUCACUGUUUUGAGGUAUGAUGGAGGUUGCUGGGCAACCUUGGCUUUGCUUAGAUACUGUAGAGAUUGCGUCAAUAUCAACAGGGCAUUAAAAUUAAGGUAGUUUAUAUAUGUAUAUAUUUUUAAAUCCUAUAGAAAAUAUUUUUAUUACACAUUUGAUAUAGUCUAAUUUCUUAAAGUAUGAAGUACAUUCUGUUUCUUGGUUAUCUCAUAAAGACAAAUCCUCCACAUUUUGUGUUAGGCAUUGCCAAGACAGAUUAUUAACUGCAUUAUUAAAAUGGCUUGGAUUAAAGCAACAGUCCCACUGGCUGGCAGAGUAUACCGUAGGUAUAUAUUUUGGUGCAUGGAUUGGCUCUUGUUAGCCAAGUGAUCUCCCUUUGUGUCAACAGUAGAGAAAAAAAACGGUAAAGGAAGAUGUUCCAAAUGUUGUCAUUUUAAAUAUUUAUUUUAUAACCAGUUUAGUUGGCCUUACUACAAGUACACUUAAUGCAUGAGGACAGGGGCAGCCAGAUUUUGCCCAACCCAGGGCACCGUCGACAAUUUGCCAGGGCUACACCUGACUUGCAUAAAAUGGACCACAUUGCACCCGACCUCCCAUCGGUUGAUGCUUGCCACAGAACUACACAUCCCAGCAUGCAAAGUUCUGCCUGCCAUAGUCUUAUGUGAUCACCCCAGGCACAGCAUGCUGGGACAUGUAGUUGCCACAUUAUCACAGCCUCGAAGAGGCCAUGCUUGGCUUUGUCGGUCCUUGCAUUAGGACCCAGCAGGCAUCUGCUCUUACAUUUAUGCAACCAUUUGCUGGAAUCCCAAGCUGAACUCAAAGGUUAACCAUUGCUUUGGUUUUUAGGAAGCAACUGAGCUUUAAUUAUCUUCCAACUCUGCUCUGGUUGGAAAUAGCAGCAUAUUUUGUUUCUCUUGAAAUAAUACUGGCUGGCAUCUCAUAAGAGCCUCACUCCUCCACAAGCGGCAGCAGCUUCAAAGUGUCUUCCUGUUAAGUCAGCACAAUUCAAGUUGAGUAGAGGAUUUCCAGAGAACUGCUACAGACUUGAGGCUUCCUUAGCUUUCUAAAAGCCAUCAGUGGGUUUUUACUCAAACAUAAAACCCGUAGGAAAGUAUCUAGACUUUGUUUUGUUCUGUUUUUAAACUGCUGUUUAAAUAAAAUGAAUGGUUUCUCUGGUAUUGGUAGAAACCUCUUGUGUUUAAUAUUUUUUCAAUAAAACUUGUCCUCUCUGUUAUUCACUUAUGUUUUAG